CGCUUGUCGUAAGGUACCUGUGGCAAACCUUCAAGCAAGAAUGGCCACUGGAACCACAGUUUUCAUCCCCUCUAACGGAGCGAACAUAAUCCAAACGACCCCUGGAUUGCCCAGUGUUGCUCUUCAGGCAUCUGGAGCAACUCCAUAUCCUCAGUAUGGAGCUCAUCAACUUGGUAUUUCCACCAGUGCUCCUCAGCAAGUCCCACAAAAGAGUCCUUUGGAUGGAUUCCUGAAGGCUGAGCCCAAAGUGCUUGGGGCCAUCCAGAUCAUGAUUGGGCUGAUCCACAUUGGCUUUGGGGCUGUCUCACUUUGUCUCUUUUCUUCUUACUAUUUUACCUUGUCUGGAAUUGGAGGUUACCCCUUUUGGGGAGGGAUAUUUUUCAUUUCUUCUGGGUCAGUAUGUAUAGCAGCUGCGAACCGUCCAAAAUAUGCUUUGGUGAAAUCUAGCGUAGGACUGAACAUCACAAGUGCUAUCAUGGCAUUAACUGGUAUCAUCCUGUACCUAUGUGAACUGAUCUUCAGUAGUGGUUUUAGGAGAUAUCAAUCUGAAAGUUCACUU